AUUGUGCUGCAAACUCUUAUAAGCCUUUUCCUAACAAUGUGUGGAGUUUUGUAUGUGGCUGGAGAAUUUAAAGAGAUUCGAGCAACGGUAGAAUUGGAAAGCAAGUCAUAUGAAAGCUUUGGAAAUAGACCAAGUUUUUACACAUUCAAUCAUAGAGGAAAAGCCUUAGCACGUGACAAGAGCUGAUUGAUGCUUCAUCCAAAUAAAAUUUGCAUGUAAUUAAGAGCCUGAAGGACUUCAUGAGGAUAAUAGCAAGAAUUUGAUUUGUUGUACUAGUAAGGAUAAAUCCAGACUGGAAAGUUAACUGAAAAAAUUUUUAGUAAAUUUAUUUUAUCCCUGCCAUUCCAAUAACUUUUAUAUUAAUGCUGUAAAAGUUCUUUACAAAUAAAUAUAUGAAAACCUUGAGAUUACAAUCACAAUCUUUCACUUGUGUUUGUGUAAGGAAAGUCAAACUUAAUAUUUAAGAAUUUUUGAAAGAUUUUAUGGAUUUUAAAAAGAAAUGUAAUGAGUUAUUCUUGCUUUAAGAAAAAUAAUAAAUCAUAGUAUUUAAACUUGUUAGAUAUGUACAGGAAGUCUCAGCUUUCUUCAAGUUUCCAUUUGCUAAAUGUCUAUGUUUCUAUUCCAAGGUUUCACUUUUAGUUUCAUACAGUACACCGCAGCUCUGAAAUGUAUAUAUGUAUACACACUCAUUUACUGAUGACACAAAAUGCACUUGUAUAUGAAAUGCAAUAAAAGCAUUGUAGGAAGAAUGUUUCUUUUAAUGUUUAGAUUACAUUUGUUCUGUGAGUACUUUAUUAAAAGUGAAAGGAAAGAACAGAUAAGAAAUGUAAGUAGUAGUCAUUUUAAAGAUUCUUCAAGUUGCCCCACUCCCACCCAAGAAAUUCAAAAUUGAUCUAUACCUAAAUUAUGUGCUGUUUUGCACCCCUCAACUUGGGCAAAUAUUGAACUUAGAAAGUGGAGUGAAGGGCAAGUUGACAGUUAGCCCCCACCUUGAGACAUUCAAAAUCAAACUAUGCUGAAAUAAUGUACAAACUGUUCAAUGUUUUGCACCAUUUUAAUUAUAAUAAACUUCUCAUUUAGCUGUGGCAUCCUAACACCAGUAAAGUUUUGCUAGUAGCAGUAGUUUACACCUCCAAGAUAUUUGAUAAAAACCUUAAGCACAUGAAUUCUAAAGGUUAGCAAUGCAGAAGACUUAAGUGAUUAUCGGACAUUUAUACAAUUGCUGAAGUUCGAGUUUGUGCUGAUAUUUUUCAGAUUAUGCUUGACUAGUUGUUUAAACUAGAAAAUGUACUUGUAAAGAUUCAAAUUGAUCUUAUUCCACAUGAGUUUUGGGCUAAUUUUAUGUAUAAAUGGCAUCUUUUCUUUUUGAUGUUACAGAGAUGUGAUACUAAUAUCUAUACUCUAUGUUAAGCCAAAAGUGUAAUUACUUUGGCAGUUUGGUUUCCAGAAGCUUAAAAUGUAAACAGAGAAGUUACAGAUGUGAUUUUUUUACAGAUUUCUACAGUUAUUUUAGUAUAUUUAUGUUUCAUUUUGUAUGGAAAUGUUUCCACUUUUUUACAUGUACCAAAAUCCAACAUUUGCUCUAAAACUGUUUAAGGGGUUUUCUCUGUAAAGGAGCUGAAAAUAUGCAUAGAACAUAUAGAAAGUUGUUAUUGCAUUUCCAGCUAAUAUGGAAAUCUUUCUGGCUAAUUUUAGUUGUAUGCAGUAAAAGGAAAGUAUUUCUACCUAAAUCCCAAAUUACUUAAAUUUCAAAAAUACAAAAUUGAUCCAGUGUUGUUGUUUUUCUUUAAAUUAACUAAGAAUGUGCAUAAGACAUAAAGAUUAUGGACACUAUCUUUUAGUUUCUUACAUAUUUCCUGUUUAUUUAUCAUUUCUCUGAAAUUGGUCUGGUGUUUUUUCUUAAUGUUGCCUAAGAAAAAAGAAA